UACAGCUCAUUUAGUAAAUCCCAUGCUUAUCCAAGAGCUGACUGAUAAGCUUCCGGCGGCCACGCAGCUACAAUGGGUGCGUUAUCGAAGGAAAAGCAAAGUAGUAACGCUGCGAACACUGUCCAACUUUCUGUCAAAUAUCGUGAAAGACGCAAGCGAAGUGGCGUCGUAUGGAGAUGCAGCACGAUAUAUAGAACAAGGGUUCCGAAAAGGAAAAAAGGAAAAGUACGAUGGAUUCGUACACACUCAUAGUGUAGAACAGUCAAGCGUAGUGAAAGCAAGAGGUGAGAGUUCCACGACGAAGGAACGAAAACCCUGUCGGAUUUGCGGUAGAGUGGAUCACAGAAUAAGAAACUGUGAAAUGUUUCGCAGAUUACAGUUAGCUGACCGCUGGGAUGCGGUCCAAAAGUGGCAGUUAUGCCAGGUGUGUCUAAAUGAACACGGAAAUGCUGAGUGCAAGUUGAACAUCCGUUGCAAUGUUGAGUCUUGUAGAGAGCGCCACAAUUCGUUGCUGCAUUCAACGGUACCCAUCAUACGCUCAAAUUGUAACGUUCAUGCAAUUCAACGCAAACCUUCCAUUGUAUUCCGAAUGAUGCCUGUUACCUUGUAUUGCGGAAGCUGUAGUGUGAACACGAUCGCAUUUUUUGAUGAAGGUUCUUCAUACACGUUGAUUGAGAGAUCGCUGAAGGACGUGCUAGGAGCUCGAGGUGUGAUUCAACCGCUUCGGGUGACAUGGACCGCCGGAGUCUCGCGACUCGAAAAAGGUUCGCAAAAAAUAGAUUUGUGUAUUUCGGCGAAAGGUUCAAGACAACGUUAUCCGUUGAAAGGCGUCCAUACAGUAGAAAAUCUCAAGCUGCCGCAACAUUCGCUUGAUGUGCCGCAGUUGAUACAGCAAUACACUCACCUUCAAGGGAUUCCGGUGGCAAAAUUCCAGCAAUCCACUCCACAAAUUCUCAUUGGACUAAAAGACAUACACUUGUACGCACCAAUAGAGUCAAGAAUAGGUCAACCGGAGGAACCGAUUGCUGUUAGAUCGAAACUCGGAUGGACUGUCUAUGGACCGACGAGCGAAGCACAUUUCGAUACCGGAUUAGUCGGACAUCAUUCAUGUAACACCGUAUCAAAUCAAGAGCUUCACGAUCUACUGAAAAGUCAUUACGACAUGGAGGAAACGGGAAUUUCGGUGGCAUUGCUUCCAGAACCGGAAGAAGACAGACGUGCUCUCGAAAUACUGAAAGCCACGACAGUGAGAAUAGGAGAUCGAUUUGAGAUAGGACUUCUAUGGAAAGAUGAUGAUCCAAGUUUUCCUGACAGCUACCCUAUGGCUCUGAAACGUCUACAGAGUCUUGAAAAGCGCUUAAUUAAAGAUCCCGAGCUGUAUGAGAAAGUUCGCGGGAUGAUUGCAGAAUAUCUGGCGAAGGGAUACGCUCAUAAAGCUACGCUGUCUGAGUUGGCUGCGUUCGAGAGUCGAAAAGUUUGGUAUUUGCCUCUAAACAUAGUGCAUAACUCAAGAAAAAAGAAGUAUCGCCUGGUAUGGGAUGCUAGAGCCGCAGUCAAUGGAGUGUCACUGAAUUCGAAGUUAUUAAAAGGUCCAGAUUUGUUAACUGCACUUCCAGCAGUUGUUUGCAGAUUCCGUGAGCGAGUGAUAGGUUUCGGAGCAGAUAUAAAAGAAAUGUAUCAUCAAAUGAGAAUACGCGAGUCCGACAAGCGCGUGUUGAGAUUUCUAUUCCGUAACAAUCCCAAUACUGUUCCAGAGGUCUAUGUAAUGGACGUGGCAACUUUCGGUUCAACCAGCUCACCCUGUUCAGCGCAAUAUGUAAAAAACUUGAACGCGAAAGAGUUUGCCAGGCAAUUUCCAGAAGCAGCUGAGAAAAUCAUCAAAAACCACUACGUCGACGAUUAUUUCGAUAGCGCAGACACCGUUGAACAAGCUGUAAGGUUGGCAAAAGAAGUUCGGCUUGUACACGCAAGAGGAGGUUUCGAACUUCGCAACUGGGUAUCGAAUUCCAAGGAGUUUCUGGAAGCCAUGGGAAAAGAACGAACCGACCAUGACGUUCGUUUCAGCGAGGACAAAGAAACGGGUCUAGAACGGGUGUUGGGAAUCGUCUGGAGUCCAACUAACGACGAAUUUUCGUUCUCAAUCCAAUUAAGGGACGAUCUCGUGCCAUAUAUUUCAAGCGAAAAGCUGCCAACGAAAAGAAUCGUCAUGAGCUGCGUGAUGAGUUUCUUCGAUCCGUUAGGGCUGUUGUCGAUUUUCACGUUCUACGGAAAACUGAUAAUCCAGGAGCUAUGGCGAAGUGGAUGUGAUUGGGACCAGCAAAUAGUUGGAGAGAGUGCUGAGAAGUGGAACCAAUGGAUAAGCAGACUGCCAGAGGUCGAAGAUGUGCGCAUACCUCGAUACUUUUUCCGACGCACUGAUACACUGGACUACAACAGCGUAGAACUCCAUGUGUUCGUCGAUGCAAGCGAGAUCGCGUACGGAGCAGCAGUUUACAUUAGAAUAGGGGCAGCUGAUGGACCGAAGUGUUCUCUGGUGAUGGCAAGAUCAAAGGUCGCUCCGCUAAAACACCUUUCGAUUCCUCGUUUGGAGUUGCAAGCGGCAGUAAUGGGAACCAGGCUGGCGAAUUCUGUUGCUGAAAUACUAUCCUUUAAGCUGAAACAGCGAUAUUUUUGGAGUGAUUCGAGGACGGUGCUAUCAUGGAUUCAUUCGGACCACCGAAGAUAUAAACAGUUCGUUGCGUUCCGCAUUGGAGAAAUCCUUGAUCUGUCAAAUCCAACAGAGUGGCGAUGGGUUCCAAGCAAAUUCAACAUAGCCGAUGCGAUGACCAAAUGGAACAAAAAUCAUACAAUGCGAUCUGAUGGUCCCUGGUUCCGUGGCCCAUGUUUUUUAUAUCAGUUGGAAGAAACCUGGCCUGAGCAGGAUAGGAUUAAACCGAACGUGCAAGAGGAGUUACGAGCAUGUUUUCUAUUUCACGAUGUUGAAACAAAAGAACAAAUUGUGGAUGUGACACGUUUUUCCCGAUGGAAGAUUCUAGUUCGAACAGUAGCGUGCAUCUAUCGGUUCAUGUCAAACUGUCGAAGGAAGCGAGAUGGCUUAGAGAUUGAAGCAAUUCCGGUACCUGUUGACUGGCAGCAGCGAGUAAAGCGUAGUAUACCUGCGAUAAUAGUACCUUUAACACGAAAGGAGUUCCAGAAGGCAGAAGCGUAUCUCUGGAAAUCAGCGCAAGCAGACGGGUUUCCGGACGAAAUAAAGGUGCUAAAGAAAAACCGUAAGCUGUCGUACGAAAAAAUGCACGAAAUAGAACAUGACAGCUAUCUUUACAGCAUGAGUCCCUUUUUGGAUGAACAGGAUGUAUUACGGAUGGAAGGUAGGGCUGCCCGAGGUUCAUCAUUACCAUUUGAACUGAGAUUCCCGAUAAUUCUGCCCAAAAGGCAUACGAUUACCGACAAACUUCUUGAAUAUUACCAUCAGCAGAUGGCCCAUGGUAAUACUGAAACUGCUGUAAAUGAAAUACGACAACGCUUCCGCAUCCAGCAUCUUCGAACAGAAAUGAAAAAGAUAGAGAAAGCUUGCGUACGCUGCAAAGUGAAGAAGUGCAAACCGAGACAUCCAAGAAUGGCACCACUUCCAGUAUCACGUGUAACACCAAACCAACCACCGUUCAGCUAUACCGGUGUAGAUUUCUGUGGCCCAUUUACAGUAACCGUAGGACGUCGUUCGGAGAAAAGAUACGUUUCGUUGUUCACCUGCUUGACAACGAGGGCCGUACACCUUGAGGUCGCUCAUAGCUUGACGACUCAAGCGUGCUUGAUGGCGAUACGUCGUUUCGUGUGUCGGAGAGGUAAACCGAUCGAGUUCUUUUCCGAUAACGGAACAAAUUUUCAAGCGGCAAAUAAAGAAAUCGCUAGGGAUAUCGGAAACAAAGCUGCAGAAAUGUUCAACGACUCCAGAACCCAAUGGAACUUCAAUCCGCCGAGUGCCCCACACAUGGGCGGGGUUUGGGAAAGACUGGUGCGGUCUCUUAAGGCAGCGUUAGCCGUCAUCGAUGACGGACGAACGAUAACCGACGAAGUAUUGCUAACUGUACUGGCGGAGGCCGAAGAUCUCAUUAAUUCGCGUCCUCUAACGUACAGGUCACUAGAUCCAGGAAUUGAAGAAGCCUUGACACCUAACCAUUUUGUCCGAGCCGUGGGAACUAUACGAACACAAUGCGCCGUUCCCCCAACAAAUGACGCUGUAGCUCUAAGAGACCGUUACAAACGAUCGCAAUUGUUAGCAGACAGACUGUGGACUCGGUGGGUUCGUGAAUAUAUGCCGUCAAUCAAUCAGCGAACCAAAUGGCACACGGAGUCACCUCCACUAGCAAAUGGUGACUUGGUUUACAUAGCAGAUGAUAUCGUACGGAAGAACUGGAUCCGUGGAAUCGUCGUUGAAGUCUACAAGGGAGCAGAUGGGAGAAUCAGACAAGCCCUGGUGAAAACAGCGAAAGGUAAACUGAAGCGGCCCGUUACGAAGCUCGCUGUUCUUGAAGUGCAGGAUCGUAAAUCUGGUUCAAUCGAAGAGACUUCACCAGAGUUACGGGGAGGGGCUGUAGACGCACCAUCCAAAAACAGCAAUCAGUGAGUACCGCCGGAGUAAGGACAACAUACAUUUGAAAGGAGAUACCGUUAUACCGACGGGUGACAGGUAAAGAUAUAUGUAAAGUUGUUAUGCGAAAGAGGGAGAAGAAAAAAAGUAUAGCAUAAGUCAGAAAACAGGAAAAGCAUAGUCUAAAUAGUGCAAGAAAGGUGAUAGAUAAAGCUACUUAGAAAUAUUUUUAUAGUCGGUUAAAAGGGCGUGUGAAUUGAAAGAAGGAAAUUUGAAAUUUAUAUAAGGAGAGAUUUCGUAAGCAUUCGAACUAGUAACCUGAAAUAGAAGAGAAAACUAUAAAUUUUUGAGCUGACUCAACCAAAAGAGCUGCUACGGAAAUUUUGUUUGUUUUUUUUUUGUGAAUUCGGUUUACAGUAGUUCCGAACAUUGAUGUUUGUUUGGAUUAUUCUCAUUUGUUUCAGUUCUUGAAAAAUUCAGAGCUUUUCCUGAGCGCUUGCAUAUGUACCAAGCUUGGGAGUGUAUGCCUGUUAUGUCGUUUAACACUUUUGUAUCGUUCAGGCAGAACACUAGCUUCGUUGAUACAAAUACUUUCCCCAGUACUGUGGGAGAAAGCUCUGCAAUUUCUGCAUUUACUUUGUCCACUUCCUGCUGUUAGUUCCGUGUUUUCCUUUUGAAAGAUUAUUAUUCUGGGCAGCAAAGGGAAACAGAUGAAGGACAAUUUUUGUUCCCGAUUAUCCAGCCUUCUUGCUCAACAAUCAAUCGCAAGGGAACCAAACAGAUAGCAAAUAAUGUACAGUAAGGAAGCGCAAGAGAGUCGAAAUAAAUCAAUUCGCAAGUAUAGGCAGUUCCAUCCGCAGAACUUCAAUCGUUUAGUGAGUCUGGAUGAUUUAUUUAAACGAUUUCUUUUAACGUCUGAUCCUGUAAUAGCAUUAUCGAAUAGAGUAACAACCAACGUGAGUGUACACCAUCUUCCCGAUUAUGCAGCUGAAUUAACAUUUUUAAUUUUAACACGCUAGAAGACAGCAAUACCUUAUUUUAAUAUGUAUAGCUA